UUGUUGUACUACCGGAACUAUUUUGCAAAGCACACAAUCGCCAACAUCCGGUUGUUAGCAUGAAGUUGACCUCAAUUGACUUUACGCUGACAUAUUGAUGAAAAACAUCAACAAAUGGCGAUUGAGAAGUGGUCGAGACGCACUAAUGAGAACGAUGGCUUCUUUUGUUGGUCCAUUUGCGGCCGUGUUGACGCUGUCGUCGACAUUUAGCCUUAGUUUGAAGUCCGGAUAUUUAAGUGCCCAUUCGUCUUCGUCUAAGGAGCGGCUAACCACUGCGAAAUGUUUCUGGUGGGCCUGACGGGAGGUAUCGCCUCAGGCAAAAGCACGGUUUCGGCGAUGCUGCGCGAGCUUGGCUGUCCCAUCAUCGACGCGGAUGUCGUGGCCAGGAAAGUGGUGGAACCCCACACCCCCGCCCACUCGCGCAUUGUCUUCCACUUUGGGCGUGAGGUCUUGCUGGAGAGCGGCGAAAUUGACCGGCCUAAACUAGGCCGCCUCAUCUUCGCCGACAAGGAGAAACGCAAGUUGCUCGACACCAUCACACACCCGGAGAUCCACAAGGAAAUGCUCAAGCAGAUCGUGUUCUACUUCCUCCGAGGCUAUCGCUACGUCGUGCUGGACGUGCCGCUUCUCUUUGAAACCAGAAAGCUCACGCAGUUUCUCAACCACACUGUUGUCGUUUACUGCGACCCGGCCACUCAGCUGGCGCGCCUGAUGCAGCGGGACGGCCUGACGGCGGAGGAGGCCGAGCAGCGGCUGGCGGCGCAGAUGCCGCUCAACGAGAAGCGGGGUCUGGCCAGCCACGUCAUCGAGAACUCGGGCGCCCGCGAGGACACCCACCGGCAGGUCCUGCGGCUGCACACCAAACUGGAGGACUCCAUGGACUUCCUCCCGGUGCGGGUGCUGGCCGUGGCCGCUGCCGCCGGCCUGGGCGGAGUGCUGCUCUAUGCCGCCAAGAUGCUUUUGUCCUAACAGAGGGCGGAUGACUGUAAUUGGGUGUGAAAGGCAGGCAGGCUGGCAACCGGGCGCUGAACUGUGAGGUGAGGCACUGGAGCCACGUUCUCACCGGGAUUUCAAAGGACAAAAAACGUGCACUUUAAUUCAUAGCCAACUGACUUUUACUUUAUUAAACACGUUUUAGGACAAUUUCAUCUCCACAGGUUUUUUUUUCCAACAUUUCGUUCCUGUUCUGAAAUUCCCAACUUUUAGGUAUGGGGGAAUAAAAAAUGCAAGAUACCAGGAUGUUUUUGUAAAACCAAGCCGCUUAAAAUAAACGAAAUCAAACACUG